AUGCCAGGGUCCAAAAGCCAGGCCCGCAGUGGGGAGUGGAGGCCAUCAGGGCAGGGAACAGCUGUGGGACAGAGCUCCCUGGCCAGCCUGGCAGGGCAUGCUACACCAGACAACACUGACACCAUGCUGGGACUCCAUGUCCUCCUUUGUGGUCCCACAUGGGCACCCACAGGCACCGGGGAGCUGCGACUGGUUGACGGAGGCAGCCGCUGCGCCGGCCGGGUGGAGGUGAAGCACGAGGGCCAGUGGGGCACCGUGUGCAGCUAUGACUUCAUCUGGGAUGUCCGUGGGGCCUCCGUGGUCUGCAGGCAGCUGGGAUGUGGCACCGUGGCAAGGACUUCCCCAUACAUGCCGUUCGGGGCAGGGGCUGGCCAGAUUUGGCUGCAACCUUUUCUAUGUCGUGGCAGUGAGACAGCACUCCACCACUGUCCCCACUACGGCUGGGGCCAGCACUACUGUGGCCAUGACACAGAUGUUGGGGUGACGUGCUCAGAUGCUGUGGAGCUCAGGCUGGUGAAUGGAGGUGGUCCCUGUGCAGGCAGAGUGGAGGUGAAGCUGCGGGGCCAGUGGGGAACGGUGGCAGAUGACGUAUGGGACAUGGAGGAUGCCGAGGUGGUGUGUCAGCAGCUGGGCUGUGGCUCGGCCAAAAGCGCCCAUGACUCGACCCACUUUGGGAGAGGGUCUGGACCUACUCAACUGGCUCUUGUGGACUGUCGCGGGGAUGAGUCUGCACUCUGGGAAUGCACUGUCCCGGGAUGGGGGCCAUACCCUGGCCCCCAUGACUGGGAUGUUGGUGUGGUCUGCCAAGGGUUUGUGCGGCUGGUUGGCGGGGACUGCACCUGCUUGGGCCGCGUGGAGGUCAGGCAGGGCCGAGGCUGGGCCACCCUCUGCAAGGCCCACGUGGACCUCAACACCGCCCACGUCAUCUGCAAGGAGCUGGGUUGCGGAGCAGCUCUGGCCAUCACUGGGGCAGCACGCUUUGGGGCAGGAGCUGGGCCCAUCUGGGACGGGGGCUUUGAGUGUGCAGGCAACGAAUCCCUCCUGUCUGCUUGCACCCGAAGGCUGCCCCAUGGCCAGGUCUGCACCCACGCCAGCGACGCUGCCGUCAUCUGCUCCUCCUACACGGGCUUCAGGCUGGUGAACGGCAGCACAGAGUGCACAGGGCAGGUGGAGCUGGAGGCACGCGGCACCUGGGGCUCCCUCUGCGAUGCCGGCUGGGACAUGCCCGAUGCCCAGGUGCUCUGCCACCACCUCGGCUGCGGCUUUGCCACCUCCGUGCCCCGUGGAGGGUGUUUUGGGACAGGGAGCGGCCCGCUGUGGCAGGACACAUUUCACUGCAGUGGGACCAAGUCCCACCUGGGAGAGUGCCCUGCCACGGUGCUGGGGAUCCCUGCUUGCUCACCGGACCACGCUGCCGCAGUCAAUUGCUCAGGUGGCACUGAACCCCUGUGGCUGGUGGAUGGGGAGAGCCGCUGCGACGGACACCUGGAGGUGGCCCUGGGUGGGGCCUGGGGCCGAGUCCUGCCACAGCAGUGGGAUGACAGCAGUGCAAGCGUGGUGUGCCGGCAGCUCCAGUGCGGCACGGUGCAGAAGGCCUAUGCUGCCCCAGUGCUGGGGCCAGGCUCGAGCCCCCUGGGGCUGAGCGGGCUCCGGUGUGUGGGCACAGAGGCUCGCCUGGCCCAGUGCAACUCCACGCUGCCCAGCGCCGUGCCGCCGGACCACGCCGAGGAAGCGGCAGUUGUGUGCUCGGGUGAGUGUGCCGGGAAGGGCCCCGGAACACUGUGGGGGCCCGAGCGGCUGCCCCAACCCAAGCUGUCUCUGGCUGCAGGGAGCCAGCGCGUGCGGCUGGUGAGUGGCCCUGGGCGCUGUGCUGGGAGAGUGGAGGUCUACGUGCAGGGGACCUGGAGCCGCGUCUGCGAGGACACCUGGGACCUGUGGGACGCCGCUGUCGUCUGCCACCAGUUGGGCUGCGGCGAGGUCCUGGCAGUGCCCGGCUCGGCCCGCUACGGCCGGGGCUCGGGGCCAGUGUGGCUGGGUGCUGGCGCCUGCUCCGGGGCCGAGGCGACACUCUGGGACUGCCCAGCCCCGGCACCAGCCCCAGCCCUGGCCCCGGGGCAGCGUGGCUGUAAGGAGGGUGCUGGUGCGGCAGCCAUCUGCUCAGAGCUCACAGCCCUGCGGCUGGCAGGCGGCAGCAGCUGCACCGGGCGCCUGGAGGUCUUCUACAACGGGACGUGGGGCAGUGUGUGCGCCAACGGCACCAGCCCUGCCACAGCCGCUGUGGUGUGCCAGCAGCUGGGCUGUGGGGCUGGGGGCCGGCUGUCACCUACACCCACAACCACACAGGGCUCAGGCCCCGCGUGGCUGGCCUGGGUGCAGUGCGAGCUGGGGGCCGACUCCCUCUGGCACUGCCCCUCGGCACCCUGGCAGCUGCAGCCCUGUGACUCCCCUGGGGACACCCACAUCUUGUGCGACAGGGAGCCUGGAGGUGCUCACAGGACCCACGCGGCAGGGGCUGGAUCCAUGCCGGUGCCCACCAUGCUCUGCAUCGUCCUGGGCACCCUGCUCUGCCUGGCCGCGGGGACCCUCACUGUGCAGGCAUGGCGCGCCAUGGCUCAGCACAGAGGCCCUGGCAGAGCCACGGAUGCAAUCUCUGAGGCCGUCUAUGAGGAGCUCGACUACACCCUGACACCGGAGUACCAGGAGACAACCCUGCCCAGGCACGACCUCCCAGAUGGGUACAAUGAUGCCGCGGCCACGCUGCGCCCUGGAGUGGCCCCUGCUCAGGGGCCGAGCAAGGAAGGUGUCUCCGAGGCAGUGGGGCUGGGAGUGGGGAGCCCACCCUCGCUGAGCCACCUGGAGCUGCCGGGAGCUGUGACAAACGCCCUAGCCUCAGCGCCUGGGGACAUGGGCUACGGCGACGUUGGCGUCAGCAGCCCCGGGACAUCGCUACACCCCUGCACUGCUCUGGCACAACCCUCCCCAAACGGGUACGGUGAUGCUGCGGCCGUGGUGUACUCAGGAGAGGCCACUGCUCCGGGACUGAGCAACGGAGAUGUCUCCGAGCCGGCGGCACUGGGAGAGACUGCCACAGAGCAAGUGCUGCUCUGCGGAAAGAGCCAAGCAUUGGCAGUGAGGCCCGAUGCAGCACUGGUGGAGCAGCUGAUAGGCUUCCUCUCCUCGCUGGAGGUUUCCCUUGCUACUGUCGAGCUCCCUCGGAAGGGCAGCACAGCACUCUGGGGUAUCAGCCACUCCUCCUGGUUUUUGAUCAUCAGCACACUUGCUGUGGGUGCACUCUGUCCCUUCGUCCACGUCACUGAGGAACAAGAUGAACAGUACUGCACCCAGCAGGGACCCCUGGCAGACACCGCUAGCUUGCUAGCUACAGGCCUCCAACGAGACUUUGUGCUGCUCAUCACAACUCUCUGA